UGCGAUCGAGUACAACUUCAAUUUCAUCUUUUAAGUUUGCUCCUAUAUCCAACUCUAUAUUUCAUAUAGUUAUACUGUUAUAGUUUUUCCUUUAUGCCAACUUAGAAUUGUCUUUUAUUAGACAUCCUUGUGGAUCAUCUUAUACAUUUGCUGCGAUGGGGCUAUUGAGAACCACAAGUGGAAGUGUGAGCACUAGAAGAGCGGUUUUCGAAACAGGCUCGAUGUUUGCCAGUGAAGAAAUUACACUCCCAAAACACGAAGAUAGCUUACUCCAGUUGGAUGGUGAGCAAAUGUGUUAUGGUCUGUGGGAGGACAACGUGCUCGAUCGUUUGAUGAAUAUGAACAACAUUGACCGCGAAUAUAUGAUGGAAGAGUAUAUCAACUAUCUAACUGGCAUAUUCAAAGACCUUCCUGGAGUACAUAAGCCCCCCGACCGCCCAACAGAACUACGAUUGUCAGCAUUCGGAAAUGAAUAUGAGACUGAUAACUGUGCAUCGUCAUGUCCCAGCUUAACAGAUGUUUCAACUAUUUCAAAGGCUUCGUCGCUUGCUAAGUGCCAGAGGAAUCCAUCUCGCUACUCGCUUCCAUUAAAAUCAAACCAGUUCAAAGACUUGCGAGCAAUUCCUUCUAAACUACCAUCUGCAGAUGUCAAACACUCUUUAAACUGGAAACCUACAUUUGAGAGAUGGCCUAAUAACGCCAACCAGCCAAGACGUGUUGCGGUUAAGGUGUUAGAUCCAUCCAAAGUCAAGGCCAACAUCCAAACACAGAUUCGUGAAAUUAGCGAUUCUGAUUCCCUUGAUUCCGAAACUUCAUCUGACAUAUCUUCUGAUAACGAUGAAUAUGAUCCGUUUGAAAAUUUAAACAGCGCAAUUAGACAUGUCUUUUCGUCCAAUAAGCAACUAGCAGACAGGGUGAUCGACUGUUUGGUACAACUUCCACCAGAUCGCCGAGCACAGGUCUACGGGUAUGGGGCCAUCUCAUCGCACGGCGCCGACAGCUUUCAGGAAUCAAGUAUCAUAGCUGGCUGCGGAAACAAUUCCAGGCCUACAAAGAGAAAGCGUAUUGACGAAGCGGCCCCGGGCAAUUCAAACCAGAACCAGGCUCUCGGAGGCGACGAUUAUGACGACCGAGUCCUCGUCGACCACCAUCCUCCUGAAACAUCGUCACCUCAUAGAAGGUUUGCCUGUGCGUACAAUGUCUUCGACAGAGUAACAUUUAGCCCAAGAAAUACUAGAGGGAGGACCGCGACACGGUAUAAAUCGUGUGCCGGUCCUGGAUUUUCAUCCCUUAACCAUUAUAAGCGCCACCUAGAACGUGUCCACACUUUACACCAAUGCCCUCGGUGUGGGCAUAUUUUCGACAAGCCCGGGGACCUGCAAAAUCAUUUGGCCCAAGAUCCAAGAUGUAACCGACUGACAUUCGAGCAAGAACGUGGUAUAUCUCAAGCUAUAUGGGAUAGGGUUAGGGAUAUUUUUAAGAGAAGACGUAAGUCUCAGGAUGAGCCUUCUGAUGAAGAACGAUGGUUUCUUGUCUGGGAUGCUCUCUUUCCGGAGGCGCAGAGGCCUCCGACAGCAUACUAUGAGGAGCCACAUAUACAUGAUGCCUACCAGUCCAGGGUUCUGGAAGUCUUUGAUUUUCUCUUAGCCGAUCGACCUCAACUAGCUCCAGCCCGUAGCCAUAGAGAUGAUCUUAUGGAGGCAUUAAGACACGCUCUUGAUGUUGCCGGCCGAGGAACACGAUCGGACCAGGAAGUUGGAGAAUCCAUUAUGACCUCACCAUUAGCACAAGGGCCUUUACCAAACACCAGUGCACCGGACCGGAUGCCCGAUAUACACCAGACGAACAUCUUAGAACCUUGUGAGCCUGAUACAACCAAUGCGUACAUAGAUAUGUCGAGUCACGUUGAGGAGCCGAGACAUCAAGUAAGCGAACCAAUAGAUAAUUUGGAUCUAUUUGGCGUGUUUGGCUCAACCUACCCCAGCAUGGGUGUCACCGGCGAUGACUAUGUUGAUGAAUUAUUUUUGGACCUUCUUGAAUAAUAUGGAAAUUGGUAACUAGACUCUUGCCUUUAAACGGUGACCGAUAUAUAAUAUAUGAGACUAAAAGGUCACUCAAGAGGAUAUACAUUGAGACUGACCUUGGGGAUCUUAUUUGUAAGGAAUGACAUUAUUUAAAAAGUCCUUAGCUUUGUGCAGGACUUUUUCAUCCGGAACGAACAUAGUAUAUCUUAGUUUUCGAGGUUCCAGAUCAUUGAGUCGCUCGAGUCUUGCGAACAAAUACAAAUCCUCAACGUGGUAAACAAGUUGCACUAGUAUCCAGUAUUAUAUUUCACACGUCCCCGGC